CCACCACCUACUCUCGUCUCAGCCCUUUUCGCGCCCACUCUACACUUUCAAUGGCUCCCAAACCCGCAUCCACCGCUGGAAAGGCUCCUGCCUCCACUGCCUCCAAGGCUCCCGCCAAGAGCGAGACCGCCUCCAAGUCAGCAAAGAAGAGCACCUCGAAGAAGCCAGAAGAUGGCGAGAAGAAGAAGAGGAAGAAGGCCCGCAAGGAGACUUACAGCUCAUACAUCUACAAGGUCCUCAAGCAGGUCCACCCUGACACUGGUAUCUCGAACAAGGCCAUGGCCAUCUUGAACUCGUUCGUCCAGGAUAUCUUCGAGCGCAUUGCUACCGAGGCUUCCAAGCUCGCAUCAUACUCCAAGAAAUCUACUAUCUCUUCGCGAGAGAUUCAGACCGCUGUUCGUUUGAUCCUGCCAGGAGAGCUCUCCAAGCACGCCAUCUCGGAGGGGACUAAGUCUGUCACCAAGUACUCUUCUGCUGGAGCCAAGUAAACUUGAUGACACAUUAUCACGUCCACUUUUUCUUUUCUUCUCUUGCUUUGUCCUGUACUACUUUUGUCUCGUCGCAUGCACCCAUCUCCCCUUUUCUAUCAUACACAUAGGCUCCUCAGAUAGGCUUCAUAUGCAGUCAUGAGAAUCACCUUUUGCUUCAGCAUCGUGUAAUGACCUAUCCGUCAUAUGUUUCUUUGGCAAUUGUGAUACCCAUGUGCAACACAAUGGAGAGGACGACGAGUCGUGUUCGGUCAUGUCCAGAACCAACACUGCCUUCUAUU